AGACGAUGAAACUCUCGGCGAUUAAGUCAUUGACGAAAACACAUUGCUUCCCCAUCUCUCAGAGGUGAUUCAGCUGUUUCUAACAAACGUUGAUUAGAAAUGGCUGUAGUCCCUAGAAAAAGGAAUGUCAUUAAUGACACAACACCGAUGAUGUGCAUAAUCGAGGGAAUUGCCAAGAAAGACCAUGUGGAUUAUAUUAUGAAAGUGCAGAGGGGCAUCAACCAAGAAGACUCGUGGCAGGUUGCACACCGGUAUAGUGAUUUUGUCACUCUACAGUCAACCCUAGAGGUCUCAGGUAUUGAUCUUCCAAUGCCCCCGAAAAAGGUAUUUGGCAACAUGGAUGCAGCAUUUAUUGCAGAAAGACAGCAAGGUCUUCAGAAUUAUAUCAACUUUAUACUGGCCCACCCAAUGUUAACGAGACACAUUUCUGUGAAGAGAUUCCUGGAUCCUGCAAAUUAUUCACAUGACUUUCAAGAAACAGCCAUGCAAAAUGUAGCCAUGUUCUUACGGUCAGUCCCCAAUUGGGAAAUAGUUGAACCUUUACCUGAUGUUGGUUGGCGUUUAAGGAAGCAGUUUUUCUUGAUAAAGCCUACAGAUCCUACAAAAAAAGAUGUCAGGAACAUUCUAACCUGGACUGACUAUGGUCCUGAAUUUAGUUUGGAUGAGAAAGAUCUAGAAGCUAUCUUAAAGUUAUUGACGUCUUUACAGCAUCCUUACAUAUACCCUCCUUCAUUUACCACGUGUAAUUCAGAAGGAGUUAUAGCUGUUCGUAAUUUUGUCCCAAAUGGAACACUUAGAGACUGUCUCUGUAAGGCCAAACCAAAGCUUAAUCAACUAAAGAAAUAUGGAAAUCCAAAAUCUAGAGCUGUUUUACAUGAACAGAACAUUCAGCUGUUUGGAAGACAAAUUCUAGAGGCAUUAAAGUUUUUACAUGAUAAAGGAAUUCCCUAUGGUCAUUUACAUUCAGGAAAUAUCGUUGUGGAAGGAAAUAUUUGUAGAUUACUAGAAAUCGAAAAUGGUCUCUUGGGCAUUCCAUCAAUUCACAGACAUCGUUACGUUCCCAUGAAGAAAAUACAGGAGAAGGAAUCAGAAGAUGUUUACUGUUUCGCGCAUUUGUUGUAUGAGAUGGCUUUUGGUGAAGCAUUGCGAAGCAGUACACUUCAAGAUGUCCCUCCAAACUGUCCAUUACAACUAAGAUCAGUGUUGCUAUCCAUCCUAAAUGACGAGGCGUGUAACAAGACAGGACUUCCGACUGUUGCUGAUCUUCUUGCGAAUCCAUUUUUUGCAGCCAUAGACUUCCCAGCUGGUGAUAAGCCUCAACUAAAGAUUCCAAGUAAAUUAAAAGAAGCCUUAAAAACAGCCAAAGAUCGAACUGAAUCUAAACUCAAGGAGGAUCAAAAAACGUUACGACAGUUCCGGAGAGCAUCUAAAGCGCAUGCCUACCACAUGUCAGAGGAAGAGAAGAAGAAGAGAAAGAAGUCCGCAAAGAAGUUGCAGAAGGAGGCAUCUCUAUCGGACGCAACACAGACAACAGCACGCCCGCCAUCCUCUCCUUCGCCUGCUCCUCGAACUCAAACUUCUGCCAUACCACCUCCGCCCCAGGCCCCCGCGCCACCACCUCCACCUCCUUCCCAGCCUCCUGCUCAGAAAGCUGCCCCUCCGCCAAAAUCAUCAGAACGAGGCGCAUUAUUAAGCUCCAUCUGCGAUUUUAAGAAAGGCAAAUUAAAAAAGGCUGAGACUAAUGACAAAAGCAAACCCAAAUUAUAGGGUGGUACAAUUUAAUAUCAUCGCUUGAAACCAACUGGCCAAACUGGUCCAUUUAUAAGGAUAAUUUGGCUAUCACUCCAUAUUUUCUUCUCAAAUUCUGUUCUCAAGAUUUAACAUGACAUAAAUUAUUGGUGAUUAUAAUAAUGAUGUUAACAGCAAAGAUGUAAAGUCCCCAAGAACAUUUUUAUAGGUGUGUUCGUUUUUUUUGUAAUGUGUGAUUUGGUUUUGUUCUAUUUUUCGAAAUAUUGUUAUUACUAUUAUUAUUAUAGUUAAUAUUAUCGUCAAUGUUAUCGUUCAUGUCAUAUUAUUUUUCACUAUGAUUGAAUUGCCUGGUGGAGAAGCUCCGAUGAUAAGCGCCCGUUGAAGAUCAGGAAAGGUGUUAGGUAUCAGUUCUAAGAUUAGAUAUUAUAUUUUCAUGAUACG